GAUGGAGAGGAUGGUAUGCGGAACACAAACAAAUAGAUAAAAUAUAUGUUUUGUAAAGAGUCGCCGAGUCUCCAGACCUUGAGCACAGCAAAGAGCCUCAGCUCUCUGUUCCCUAAACCAUCAGCACUCAUCAACCCCAUUUUGACAGGACGUCGAGACAAGCCGUGUCGUCGUCAAAACUUCCGUGGACGAUGUAGGAUCACAGCCUCACAGUCCAAUAUUGCACAGAAAGGUAAAUUACUGAAAGAGAAAGUUAAGAGAAUCAAAGUUAAGGGAUUCAUAACUGCUGAAGAAGGGCUGCUGGAGAGCUUAAGUUGGUCGAGACCUCUCGAUGUCAUUACAGAUAUCCGCGGCAGAUCACUGCUCGUCGAGCUUAUUAGCGCCGAGACUGACACCCGGACGGUUAUGGAGGAGGGUCCAGUAGAAGACUAUGCACAACGUGUAUGGUUCGAAUCCCGUAAUGAGAAGUACGAGUGCGUGUUCGACAUGCCCGAAGACUUUGGAACCGUGGGGGCCAUCAGGGUACAAAACCAGCACCAUAGAGAAAUGUUCAUCAAGGAGAUGAAGCUUGAGUUACCCAGCGGCUCCGUAACGUUUACAUGUAACUCAUGGGUGACCCCCAAGUCCAUUGACCCAACCAAGCGGAUAUUUUUCUCCAACAAGUCCUACUUGCCAUCCGCAACUCCGGAGCCUCUCAAAAAGCUGCGGAAGGAAGAGCUGGAGACCUUGCAAGGCAACAACCGCGAGCGAGUUGGUGAAUUUGCCAAGUACGAACGCGUUUAUGACUAUGAUGUGUACAACGAUGUGGGUGACCCUGAAAAAGAUGAAAGACUUGCCCGUCCUGUUAUGGGAGGCCUCUCUCAUCCGUACCCGAGACGGUGCAAGACUGGUCGCAAACCCUGCGAGAAAGAUCCCUCCUCAGAGAAACGCGAAGGGGAGUUCUAUGUCCCCAGAGACGAGGAGUUCUCUUCAACAAAGGGCACUGCAUUCACGGGCAAGGCUAUCUUAGCAGCUCUUCCCUCCGUGUUCCCACAGAUCGAGGCUGCUCUGCUUGAUCCCAACUUGCCUUUCCCACACUUCAAGUCCAUAGAAGAUCUCUAUGAAGUUGGCAUCGACAUUCCCAAGGACGCUGGCCUUUUACCUAUGAUCCCCAAACUUAUCAAAGUUGUUGCUGAAGCUCAAGACAAUCUUCUACAGUUUGACCCCCCUAUUCUUCUUAACAAGGAUAGAUUUUCGUGGAUCCGAGACGACGAAUUUGCUCGCCAGACACUUGCAGGCCUUAAUCCAUAUUGCAUUCAGCUAGUUACAGAGUGGCCGUUGAAAAGCAAACUAGACCCCGCGGUUUAUGGUGAUCCCAAGUCACUCAUUACUUGGGACAUUGUGGAAAAAGAAAUCAGAGGAGUCAUGUCAGUUGAUGAAGCCCUAAAGAAUAAGAGAUUAUUCAUGUUGGAUUACCACGAUUUGCUUCUACCGUAUGUGAACAAAGUGAGAGAGUUGGACGACACCACCUUAUAUGCUUCUAGAACACUAUUCUUCCUCAGCGAUGAUAGCACAUUGAGGCCUGUUGCCAUUGAGUUGACUCGUCCCCCUGAUGUCAACAGGCCCCAAUGGAGUCAGGUCUUCACACCAGGCUAUGAUGCUACCUCCUGCUGGCUAUGGAAUCUUGCUAAGACUCACGCUGUUGCUCAUGAUGCUGGUUAUCAUCAGCUUAUUUCUCACUGGCUGAGGACUCAUUGUUGUAUGGAACCAUACAUAAUAGCUGCAAACAGACAACUAAGUGCCAUGCAUCCUAUCUAUAGGCUGUUGCAUCCCCACUUCCGCUACACCCUGGAGAUCAACGCUCGCGCACGCCAAAGUCUCGUCAACGCAGGUGGAAUCAUUGAGACUUGUUUCUGGCCAGGCAAAUAUUCAUUAGAGCUAAGUUCAGAUGUUUAUGCUAAACUAUGGAGGUUCGACAGGGAAGGUUUACCUGCGGACCUCAUCAGCAGGGGGCUGGCUGUGGAAGAUGAGACCGCAGAACACGGACUGCGGCUUACUAUACCAGACUACCCAUUUGCGAAUGACGGUUUAAUGUUGUGGGAUGCACUCAAAGAAUGGAUCACAGAAUCUGUGAAGCAUUAUUAUCCCGAUGCGGCACUGAUCACGUGUGAUGAGGAACUCCAAGCAUGGUGGAGUGAAGUGAGGAACAUAGGGCAUGGAGACAAGAAAGACGAACCAUGGUGGCCUGUCCUCAGAACACAAGAUGACUUGAUUGGCGUCGUGACCACGAUUGCGUGGGUGGCUUCAGGUCACCAUGCAGCUGUAAACUUUGGACAGUACGGGUAUGGAGGGUACUUUCCCAACCGACCAACCACAACAAGGAUAAGAAUGCCAGUUGAAGAGCCAACAGAGGAAGAGCUAAAAGAGUUCUAUGAGGAGCCAGAGAAGGUGCUGCUUAAGACAUUCCCGUCGCAGAAGCAGGCGACGCAAGUGAUGGUGACUCUGGAUCUUCUAUCGACCCAUUCACCAGACGAAGAGUAUCUUGGAGAAGAGCCAGAAGCAUCUUGGGUCGACGAUCCUGUUAUCUUUGCUGCAUAUGAACGGUUCAAAGGCAGGCUCAAACAUCUAGAAGAAGUGAUAGAUGAGAGGAACGUGAACGUUUCUCUAAAGAACAGAGCUGGAGCAGGUGUUGUUAAGUAUGAGCUUCUGAAGCCCAUCUCCCAACCCGGUGUUACCGGAAUGGGUGUUCCCUAUAGUGUUUCUAUCUAAAUGCAUUAUUGUUUCUCUAGUAAAAAAAAAAAGUGAACGAUCCAUUUUCCUUUUUGUUUUCA